AUGGGUUCUCUAAUGGCAGGAUGGGGUUCUUCCUCCAUUGAUCCUAAAUCAGCCACACUUCAAAGGAAUUUGUCACUUACUAAAAAUGAAAUUGAUGCUUAUUGGAAAUCAAAGAAGAAGAUAGAGGAAGAACACUUUAGCGCCAUUUCCAAUCUCUCUGAGACUAUUGAUCAGGUUAGCAGAGACAAUGAUCCUGAAAAGAAGCUUAAGAAAUCAAUGACUAUGCCUGUGACCAAGACAAGGGACUCCUUUAAUAUGUCCAUUCUUGACACAAAUUUGGAGCAACUUAUCAACAAAAAUGGUUGGUGGACAAAGAGUAAUUGGGCAUUUCUGAAUGAGCCACCAUUGAUGGAAGCUGCAUCUAACAAGUAUGCAGCUCAGUUUCAUGUUGCCAAUUUGGGACCAUCCAAACUGAACCCAGAAGAUGAAAUUAGUGCUUGA